UUUGUUUAUCACUCUUUCAUUUUAAAAUAAAGUUGAACUGAAGUAAAAUUCAAAACUGUUAUAAAAUUAUUCUAUUUUAAGUAGAAAAAAAGAGAGUGAUCUAUUAGAAUGGUCUUAUGCCAUCUCUACCGCCACCUGUCGCCUCACUCUUUCAGAUCGACACCUCUCUGGUCACUAGCGCUCUUCGCCAGUACUGGAGAGGCCCUUCCUCGUCUUAGUUCUCUUUAGUCUUUGUUUCUUUGGUCAAGGGAGGUUGAGGAUAUGAGUUCAUGUCAGGUUCGAUGUUGGUUGGCGUGGUUGUGACUGGUUCGAAACUUUGAUCUGGUUUGCGGUGGUGGUUUAGCUGUUCUUUCGGAUCCGGUUUGUAGCUUGUCAAUCGAUGUCCAUGGAGUCCAUUGGAUUCAGUUCAUCUUCUCAUCCCUCUUUAUCUAGGUAGUAGUCAAGUUGUGUUCUUGUGUGGGUUGGUGUUUUUUUGUCUUCUUCGGAGUUUAGUUGUGUGUGUGCGUAAGCUCUAUCGACUUCUGCUUGUUCUCUCGAUCCUUCGGUGGUUUGUGUUCGUCAAAGUCUCGUUUGUGGGGUUCGUCUUUUGGAUGGUAAGUUGAUGUGGAGGUAUCUACUUGCUUUUUCUGUGCCUUCAUGGUGUGGAGUGGGGUUUCAAAACGACGCAGUGGUUUCGAUCAUUGGCUCUUCUCUUGCGAGGAGGUGACCAUUCUCUUGCUUGUAGAUGGUUGAGUUUGGGUACACGAGUGUCCGCGUGUUUGAGCCGAUGAUCCUUUUUGAAGUUAUCCCCACUUGGAGUUUCAAGACUCGAUCUUGUGCUUUGCUCUCUCUUUCUCUCUCUCUCGGAUCUGGUUUGUCGUUGUAGACGGGUGAUUAGUAGUUGUUGGUUUUUUGGUGACUUUGGUCUUUCGUUUGUUUAUGACGUGGCUGUUUAUGGUUUUGACAUGUGGUUGUGUAUGGUCCUCUCAAGUUCUGGUUUCUGGAUUCAGCACAUGCUUCUCCAAGGUUUUAAAAAUGAACGUUUGUCUGUCCUUGUUUUGGAGUUUGAUUAUGGCUCCCUUAGUUCCUAAGCGUUUCAAGCACACCCCCUCUUAGCUCUAGUUAUGUUGGUUUUAGGACUAGGAGUUUUUCUUCUAGUCUUAUGUUUAAUCAUGUGUUUCUUGUUGUCUCCGGGAUGUUCGAUCUGUGAACUUGCCGAUUUUAGUCUCCGAAAGGGUUGUGAUCCUUGUCGGUUUUGCGUUGUAUGAUUGGUUUUGAAUUGUUAUAAUAAAUUAAUAGAUAAAAGAAAAAAAAAAUGGUUUUAUGCCACUCAGUCAUUUGGUCGAACACAACCCCAUAUGCCUCGUUGCGUAUAAACAAAUAUUUUUACAGAAACAACUUGCCGACUUAAGAAACCAAAACUUUUUGUUGAAAUCACAUGUUGGAUCUCUAUCCUCACUAUAUUCAUCUAUCGAUCAACUCUUUUGUAGUGUUUUUAUUUUCACAUGGUCGGAACAAUGGAAGACUUCAUUGAAGAAGAAGAGUUCAGUGUAUCCGUAGAUCCAAGAAGAUCAAGACCGGGGAAGAAGAAGAAGAAAAGAAAACCCGAAUCUCAAGUUGUCUCUAUUCUGAAUCAUUUGUUUGUAAAGUACCCAUGUCUGAAUAAAAGCGUCGUCGAUACUGGUCGGGAAUGUUCGGAUUCAGAUACAUCAUGUAGCUUGAGUUUUGCAAAAGUUGGAAACUUUACUUCAAGAUCUCCUCCUUCGAUCAAAUCUGGUCAUCUUCUCAAAUCAGCAUUAGCAGGAGGAAUCUCAUGCGCUUUCUCUGCCUUUCUUAUGCAUCCUGUCGACACUGUCAAGACACAAGUUCAAGCAUCAACAACACUGUCGUUUAUUGAAAUAAUGUCAAAGAUUCCGGAGAUUGGUGCUCGUGGUUUAUACAAGGGAUCUAUCCCCGCCGUUGUUGGUCAAUUCGCAAGCCAUGGUUUACGUACAAGUAUAUACGAAGCAAGUAGACUCGCUUUACCCCUCGUUGCUCCUGGUCUCCUCGACAUCCAAGUUCAGCCAAUAGCGUCUUUUCUCGGCACGGUUUUGGGUACAACGUUACGGAUACCGUGCGAGGUGCUGAAACAACGGUUACAAGCCAACCAGUUCGACAACAUCGUGGAAGCUACGCUUUCCACGUGGCGUCAAGAUGGUCUCAAAGGACUCUUUCGCGGCACGGGCGUCACUCUUCUCCGCGAGGUUCCCUUUUACGUCGCUGGUAUGGGACUCUACAGCCAAUCGAAGAAGCUGGUGGAGAGAAGGCUAGGGAGAGUGCUUGAGCCGUGGGAGGCUAUCGCGGUUGGAGCCUUGUCUGGCGGUUUCACGGCUGUUAUGACGACGCCGUUUGAUGUGAUUAAAACUAGGAUGAUGACGGCUCCGCAAGGCGUGGAUUUGUCUAUGUGGAUGGCUGCGUAUUCCAUUGCGACGCAUGAGGGGUUUCUUGCUUUCUAUAAAGGAGCUGUUCCGAGGUUCUUUUGGACUGCUCCUCUUGGUGCUUUGAACUUGGCAGGCUACGAGCUUCUUCAAAAGGCUUUCGUGACAGUACCUCUUAAUCGGUCAGUGCAUAGCGAUUGACCUUCGUUUUAGUAUAGCACUACAACACAUUUGUUCACAUGUAUUCAUUCUUGAAAUAAGCUGUGUCUAUCUUUCUUUUCUUGUGAAUUAUUCGAAAUCUAAUUUUUCCUUUGCCAAAUACAGAGAAACAGUUUGUUACAAUAAGCCUAGGACAAUGAUAACAUAUUUCGUCUACAACAACA